AUGUUAGAUUUGGAAGUUGAGUCUGAAGGCUUUCUUUCUUCUUCAAGUGAAAUACAGCGGACUCAAUUUCAAUAUAAGGGUGGUGCACCUUCAUAUGAAGAGGAUGAAAGAAGCGACGCCUCUGAUGGUGAAGAUGAAGAUAGUGCACCACUUGACAGCAUGCAAUUUGUGGGUGAAGAUGAUGAAGAGAAUCCGGAUUGGCCAGGUGAAGCUUAUGUUAAUAAUGAAUAUGUUGAAUACGAAGAACCACCCCCCGACGAGUUUAAGGAUGAUGAGUGGGUUCGUUCUUCCACAGUACAUGAUAUCCGCAUUGGCGAAAGUUCAUCCAAUAGAGGAGAUGAUGAGGAGCAAAUUAAAAGCAAUCGUACAAGUUAUGAGGCAAUCUGUUUUAUGAAUACACAAAGGCAAGGUCGGGCAGAGGGGAAUGAAUCUGAUUACGCAUGUCCUUGGAAGUUAUAUGCAUUUGCCGGAAAGAAACAUAAUGGGUAUUUUAGGAUCACAAAAUACUGCGGUGUUCACACGUGUAACAAUCCAAUGUUCGAGAGAGACCACAGUGGUGCCUCCACCUCUUACAUAGCUCGGUUGAUUAUGCCAAGAUUAAAGAAGAAGCUUGAACUAAAGCCCGAUGACAUAAUUGAGAGAGUGUCACAUGAUAAGUGGAUUGAAAUAUCGUAUAUCAAAGCGUGGAAUGCAAGGAGAAUUGCGAUGACAAAAAUAUUUGGUGAUUGGGAGAAGUCUUACGCGACUCUGCCUCAAUAUCUUUAUGCGAUCAAAAGAAGCAAUCCUGGAUCUGAAUACAAACUCAUAACCAAAGAGGUCAAUCCGGGAGUUCAUAAAUUCACAUCUGUAUUUUGGGUAUUUGGUCCUUCGAUCGAGGGAUUUAAAUUUUGUCGGCCGAUCCUUAGCAUUGAUGGGACACACUUAUAUGGUAAAUAUAAGGGUGUAUUGCUUGUCGCUACAGGAGUAGAUGCAGAUGGGGGCUUAUUUCCUUUAGCCUUUGCAGUUGUAGAGGUCGAGAACAGUGAAAAUUGGGAGUGGUUUUUUUCUUGCAUCCAAUUAUAUAUUUUUAAUGUGUUGCCUUCUAGAAAAAUUACUUUUAUAUCCGAUAGGAUGAAAGGUAUUCCAAGAGCAUUGUACAGGAGAUUUGGCUCUGAUCACAAUCACUGCUAUUGCUUACGACACAUUAGAGCUAAUUUUAAAAAGAGCUUUGGUCAAGUACAUCUACAAAACCUUCUUUGGCAAGCGGGUGUUACACCCGAAACGUGUGUGUAUGAUCGGAUACGUGAUCAAAUCAAGGCAACAUCUCCAGCUGCACAUGAUUGGAUUGAGAGUAGUUUGGGAAACGAUUACGUCGACUGGUGGGCACUAAGUAAAGAUGGAGGGAAUCGCUAUUGCAUGAUGACAACUAAUUGUUCUGAAAGCUUCAAUGGUGUACUUAAGGGGGCUCGAGCAAUGCCCAUACAGGCGUUGGUUGCAAGGACAUUUUAUAGACUAAAUAAGUAUUUUGUCAAGCGGCGAGAGGAUGGAGCAAAGUGGGGGACGUUGUUGACCUCAAAAAAUGAAGAGAUUAUAGGAGCUCGUGUCAAGCAGGCCAGAUUGACUAAGAUUGUGAGAUUUGCUAUAGAUGAAUGGGAGGUUACAGACAAUCACGGUCAUAAUUACACCGUCAAUCUACGAGGGACACAAUGCGCAUGCACAUGUAACAUUCCAAAAUUGCAAAAAUUGUCAUGUGCACAUGUUAUAGCGGUUACGACCAAGCAAUUUGGGGGUGCAAAUACAUCGUAUUACACAUACGCUUCUGAGUGGUACCAAUCAAGCCACUAUAGAGAUUCGUACAGUCAGUUUUUUCAUCCCAUUGUAGAUAGUCGUUACUGGCCACCCUAUAACGGGCCUCAUGUGUUACCUCCUGAAUUUAAGAGGUAA